GGCAGCAUCCUGGGCCCAACUUUCAAUGCAACAUGUGUAGCCUGCCGAGCCUGGCCCCCACCUGAAGCCCCGGGGGACCGACGGCACUGAACCCCUCACCUGCUGUGUCCUUCUAGAGCCUGAGUCUGGGCCCCUGUCCCAGCCAUCGUCACUCCCCUCCCCUACGACACAACAGGGUCAUGAAAAGAGGCUGCCCGGCAGGGUCCCCAGGAAAUGCGCGGCCCCCUCGGCCCCCACGGCCUUCCAGGCCCAGCUAACAUGCUUUUGCUACUGGCUCUGGCAUGUGCCAGCCCCUUCCCCGAGGUGGCUCCCCCGCUGGGCGGUGGCAGCAUCGGGGAGCCGGGAGCUGGGCGGCCCCUCAAUGUGGCGCUGGUGUUCUCGGGGCCGGCCUACGCGGGGGAGGCAGCCCGCCUGGGCCCCACUGUGGCUGCCGCAGUCCGCAGUCCAGGCCUGGAGGUGCGCCCUGUAGCCUUGGUCCUCAAUGGCACUGACCCGCGCAGCCUCAUGCUUCAGCUGUGUGACCUGCUCUCCGGCCUUCGUGUCCAUGGCGUCGUCUUUGAGGAUGAUUCCCGCGCGCCAGCAGUCGCCCCCAUCCUGGACUUCCUUUCUGCUCAGACUGCCCUGCCCAUUGUGGCCGUUCAUGGCGGCGCAGCUCUCGUCCUCACGCCCAAGGAGAAGGGCUCUACCUUCCUCCAGCUAGGUUCCUCCACAGAGCAGCAGCUGCAGGUGAUCUUUGAGGUGCUGGAGGAAUAUGACUGGACGUCCUUCGUGGCGGUGACCACGGCGGCCCCUGGCCACCGGGCCUUCCUGGCUUAUAUCGAAGCACUGACUGAUGGAAGCCUGGUGGGCUGGGAGCACCGGGGGGCUCUGACCCUGGACCCUGGGGCUGGUGAGGAGGUGCUCGCUGCCCGCCUACGCAGUCUCAGUGCCCAGAUACGCCUGCUUUUCUGUGCCCGUGAGGAGGCGGAGCCACUGUUUCGGGCAGCAGCCGCAGCCAGCCUAACAGGCCCUGGCUAUGUGUGGUUCAUGGUGGGACCCCAGCUGGCAGGGGGUGGCGGAGGGGGCGGGCCCGGGGAGCCACCUCUCCUGCCAGGGGGUGCCCCGCUACCCGCGGGGCUCUUUGCGGUCCGGUCAGCUGGCUGGCGGGACGACCUGGCAAAGAGAGUGGCGGCAGGCGUGGCGGUGGUAGCCCGGGGAGCCCAGGCCCUGCUUCGUGACUACGGGUUCCUGCCUGAGCUGGGUCAGGACUGUAGAGCUCAGAAUCGUAGCCAGCGGGGAGAGAGCCUGCACCGGUAUUUCAUGAAUAUCACCUGGGACAAUCGGGAUUAUUCCUUCAACGAAGAUGGCUUCCUGGUGAAUCCCUCCCUUGUCGUCAUCUCUCUCACUAAGGAUCGGACGUGGGAGGUGGUGGGGACCUGGGAACAGCAGUCGCUUCGGCUGAAGUACCCGCUGUGGUCUCGCUACGGCCGCUUCCUGCAGCCUGUGGACGACACCCAGCACCUCAUGGUGGCCACCCUGGAGGAGCGCCCCUUCGUCAUCGUGGAGCCAGCUGACCCCCUCAGCGGCACCUGCAUCCGGGACUCUGUGCCCUGCCGUAGCCAGCUCAACCUCACACACAGCCCCCCGCCAGAUGCCCCCCGGCCAGAAAAACGCUGCUGUAAAGGCUUCUGUAUCGACAUCCUCAAGCGCCUGGCCCAGACCAUCGGCUUCAGCUACGACCUCUACCUCGUCACCAACGGCAAACAUGGGAAGAAAAUCGAUGGCGUCUGGAACGGCAUGAUUGGGGAGGUCUUCUACCAGCGGGCAGACAUGGCCAUUGGCUCCCUCACCAUCAAUGAGGAGAGGUCAGAAAUCGUAGACUUCUCCGUACCCUUCGUGGAGACAGGCAUCAGUGUCAUGGUGGCCAGGAGCAACGGGACGGUGUCACCGUCUGCCUUUUUGGAGCCCUACAGUCCAGCCGUUUGGGUCAUGAUGUUCGUCAUGUGUCUGACCGUGGUGGCCGUCACUGUCUUCAUAUUUGAGUACCUCAGUCCUGUGGGUUACAACCGCAGCCUGGCCACCGGCAAGCGCCCUGGUGGCUCCACCUUCACCAUCGGCAAGUCCAUCUGGCUGCUCUGGGCCUUGGUCUUCAACAACUCUGUGCCUGUGGAGAACCCCCGUGGGACCACCAGCAAGAUCAUGGUCCUGGUCUGGGCCUUCUUUGCCGUCAUCUUCCUGGCCAGCUACACGGCCAAUCUGGCAGCUUUCAUGAUCCAAGAGGAGUAUGUAGACACCGUGUCUGGGCUCAGUGACCGGAAGUUCCAGCGGCCCCAAGAGCAAUACCCGCCCCUGAGGUUCGGCACCGUACCCAACGGGUCCACGGAGAAGAACAUACGCAGCAACUACGAGGCUAUGUACAACUACAUGGUGCGCUACAACCAGCCCCGCGUGGAGGAGGCGCUGAUCCAGCUGAAGGCCGGGAAGCUGGACGCCUUCAUCUACGACGCCGCGGUUCUCAACUACAUGGCCCGCAAGGACGAGGGCUGCAAACUGGUGACCAUUGGCUCGGGCAAGGUCUUUGCCACCACGGGCUAUGGCAUCGCCCUGCAGAAGGGCUCCCGCUGGAAGCGGCCCAUCGAUCUGGCUCUGCUGCAGUUCUUAGGGGACGAUGAGAUCGAGAUGCUGGAGCGCCUGUGGCUGUCUGGGAUUUGCCACAAUGACAAGAUCGAGGUGAUGAGCAGCAAGCUGGACAUUGACAACAUGGCCGGGGUCUUCUACAUGCUGCUUGUGGCCAUGGGCCUCUCCCUGCUGGUCUUUGCUUGGGAGCACCUGGUCUACUGGAGACUGCGCCACUGCCUGGGCCCCACCCACCACCUGGACUUCCUGCUGGCCUUCUCCAGGGGCAUGUAUAGCUGUUGUAGCGCCGAAGCUGCCCCUCCAGCCGCCAAGCCCCUGCCCCCCCAGCCCCUGCCCCUGCCCAGCCCAGCCUACCCAGCUCCCCGUCCGGCCCCGGCACCCACGGCCCCCGGCCCCUUCCUGCCCCGGGAGCGGGUGGCGGUGGACCGUUGGCGCCGGCCCAAGCCAUCCGCGGGGCCUGGGGCUGGGCCCGUACCUGUCCCGGUCACCCCUGAGGCCUCAGGCCCCCCUCGUGCCCCCCUCCCAGGAGCCAUGGCCGACAGCUUCCACCGCUACUAUGGGCCCAUUGAGCCACAGGGCCUGGGGGAGCCCCGGGCAUCUCGCUUGGCCCGGCCCAUGUCCCCGCCUCCUCCGCCCCAGAAGCCCCCUCCUUCUUACUUUGCCAUUGUGAGAGAGAAGGAGGCUUCGGGCCCUAGCGAACCAGCCCCUGCCCCUUAUGCUGGAUACCCCUCCCCACCUGCUCCACCCGCCGCCCCGCUCUGUCACCUGGCUUACGAGGAUGAGAGCCCCCCGGCCCCAACCCGCUGGCCCCGCUCGGACCCCGAGAGCCAGCCCCUGCUUCGGGGGGCCGGUGGCGGGGGGGGCUCUGCAGCUCCUCCUCCACCACCUUGCCGAGCACCUCCCCCACCCUGCCCCUACCUGGACCUCGAAUUGUCCGACUCCGAUGACUCGGAGAGCUUGGGGGCCGGCUCGGGAGCUGGCCUAGAGCCCUGGUGGGUCCCCGAUUUCUAUCCGUAUGCCGACCGCUUGGGUCGCUACUGGUCUGUUGACAAGCUGGGGGGCUGGCGGGCAGGCAGCUGGGACUACCUGCCCCCUCGCCCUGGCCCAGCAGCCUGGCAUUGUCGCCACUGUGCCAGCCUGGAGCUGCUCCCCCCUCCACGCCACCUCAGCUGCUCCCACGAUGGUCUGGAUGGUGGCUGGUGGGCCCCACCCCACCCCCCGCCCCCUCCGUGGGCUGCCGGGCCCCACCGACGACGCACCCGCUGCCGCUGCCCAAGGGGCCACCGGGCUCCCAGCCGUCGAUCUGGCCAAGCCCCGCAUCGGCGGCGCCACGCAGGGGCGUGGGACCUCCCGCCACCUGCACCUACUUCCCGUUCCCUGGAGGACCUGAGCUCUUGUCCCCGGGCGGCCCCGGUCCAUAGCCGCCACUCUCGCCGGUGCCCCCACGCUACCCACUGGGGCCCUAUGCCCCGGAGACACCGUGGGGGCGACCUGGGUACCCGCCGUGGCUCUGCCCACUUCUCCAGCCUCGAGUCUGAGGUAUGACCGACCCUGUCCCCCCCUCCCCUGGCACGGCAUGGAGAAGGCACUCCCAGGGCAGACGGCCUGUGGAUGGAUGCAGCGCGAGGGCCCCGGGGCCAAGGACCACAGAUCAGCAGCAAAACCAUGGAAACGGGGGCAGGCAGCUCUUUCCUUUGGAACCGAGGGGCCACAGACCCAGCACGGCCUGGCCACGGACCAGACGCUGAUGAGACAGAGCCAGGGGGGGCUGCGACAGGGGUCCCUGAGCCCCGCGGGCUUUUUUAACCUGACAAGGGCUUUUUAAUGUCAUGGGAAGGGGGGGGUCUGACUGAGCACAUACCCCUCCCCUCUGCCCCAGCCCCAUCUUGUGGGGCUCCUGCACCAUCACUGUGCUGCUCCCCGUGCCCCAGAUACCACCAGGGACCACCCCCCAGGGGAGAGGGGGCUGUUUUUAACCUUCAUCAUUGGGACACAAAACUGUGAGAGCCGCUCGCUAAACUGUGACCCCCCCCCAACCCUGAGACUCUGACCCCAAGACUGUGACCCCUGACCCUGAGACUGUGACCCUUGACCCCAGACUGUGAGCCUGACCCCUUAUCCCUAGCCUCUGACUCCUGAGACUGUUACCCCUGAACCCAAGACCGUCCCCAAUCCCAAUCUCUGCCAGACACCUUGGGGUCUACCCGAACUGAACUCUGAUCCUCCCCCUUCUUUGACCCCUAAUCCUAAACUACCCCAGGCUUCCCUUCACUGUACUCCUGGACAUCCUCCCAGACCACACGUCCCCUCCCCCACUCCCUAACUGACCUCCAGUGUCCAACCUCAGAACCUGGCCUGGGCCCCAGAAGCCCACCCAGCCCCACCCUGCAGCAGGGGCGGGACCUGGGGGGUGGGGGCUCAGGUGUCCAACCCCGAUGGAAUAAACCAAGUUUUUAUGCCUCCUCAGCCCGGAGCCCCGGAC